AUGAGUGUGGAAAUUUUGGAUGGUGCCACCAUUGUCAACUUUCUAGAGGACGAGGAAGCAUUCAAUGCGUUGAUAUGUGACCGUUUUGCUCACCUUGAUUCAGACCAUGACGGCCAGCUUUCGUAUUCGGAGAUGUUGAAGGAGCUGCAGGGUUUGAGGGUAUUGGAAACCCACUUUGGAGUAGAUGUGGAAACAGACCCGGAUGAGCUUGUUCAUGUCUAUGAUUCUCUGUUUGUCCAAUUUGAUCAUGACUUGAAUGGGACAGUGGAUUUAGAGGAGUUCAAGGCAGAGACCAAGCAAAUGAUGAUAGCCAUGGCCAAUGGGAUGGGUUUCUUACCUGUUCAGAUGGUCCUGGAAGAAAACAGUUUCUUGAAGAAAGCUGUGGAGUGGGAAACUUCUAAGUUGGUUGCUUCAUAUUCGUCAUAUCCUGAUUAA